AUGAACUACCUGGAGGUGGCAGGGCAGAGGCUGCCUGCCUGUGGGAGACCCGAGCUCGGCGAGGGCUGGUGGAGGAAGAUCAUUGGCGUCUUCAAGCCCAAGAACGAGGAGCCGUACGGGCAGCUGAACCCCAAGUGGACCAAGUGGUUGCAGAAGUUGUGCUGCCCGUGCUGCUUCGGGAGAGACUGCCUCGUCCUCAACCAGGGUUAUCUGUCAGAGGCAGGGGGCAGCCCGGGUGUCCCGACACUGGAACUCAACAUUGUUCCUCGCACGAAGGUGGUGUAUCUGGCCAGCGAGACCUUUAACUACAGUGCCAUCGACAGGGUGAAAUCCCGAGGAAAGAGGCUGGCCCUGGAGAAGGUGCCGAAAGUCGGCCAGCGCUUCAACCGCAUUGGCCUGCCGCCCAAGGUAGGGCUGCCGGCCUAUCGGGGCAAUGACAACUGGCUCAUCAAGUACGACUGUCCCCUGGACAGCGCGGGCGUGCGGGACAGCGACUGGGUGGUGGUGAAGGAGCCCAUCAUCAAGCUGGCUGCUAUAGACAAUGGUUUGGCCUUUCCCUUGAAACACCCGGACUCCUGGAGAGCAUAUCCAUUCUACUGGGCAUGGCUGCCCCAGGCCAAAAUCCCCUUUUCACAGGAGAUCAAGGACCUGAUUCUUCCCAAGAUCUCGGACCCCAACUUCGUCAAGGACCUGGAGGAAGAUCUGUAUGAGCUCUUUAAGAAAGACCCUGGCUUUGACAGGGGACAGUUUCACAAGCAGAUUGCUGUCAUGAGAGGCCAGAUCCUGAACCUGACUCAGGCACUGAAAGAUGGGAAGAGCCCCCUGCACCUGGUUCAGAUGCCACCUGUGAUUGUGGAAACGGCGCGUUCCCACCAGCGCACUGCCAGCGAGUCCUACACGCAGAGCUUCCAGAGCCGGAAGCCUUUCUUCUCAUGGUGGUAG